AUGGCUUCUGGAGGACAACGCAUCAUCCCCUUGGAGGAAGGAUGGAACGAUGAGAUCAAGGCAAAGGCCAUCGACAAGCUCGAGGAUUUGCUUAAUGGCGGAAUGAAGACGGGCACUUCCAACAUGUUUGGGCCGCGAGAAUAUGUCACGAUUUACACCACUUGCUAUGACAUGUGCACUCAGCGUUCGCCCUACAACUGGUCUCGUGAGUUGUACCAGCGCCACGGCGAGACCAUUGAGAAUUACUUGACGACGCACGUCCUUCCUGCUUUGCGUGACAGGACCGGCCAAGGCGGAACCAUUUUGUUGCGAGAAUUGCAGCUUCGUUGGACCAAUCACCAAAUCAUGAAUAAAUGGUUGAAAAAAUUCUUCACUUACCUUGAUCGCUACUACGUCAAGCACCACAGUCUGCCAACUCUAUCACAGGCUGGUUUGCGAUGCUUCCGCACGAACAUUUACGACGAAAUGAAGCGGGAUACGACCCAGGCCAUCCUUGGAUUGAUUGACGAAGAGCGCAACUCCCAGAUCAUUGACAAGAGCUUGAUCAAGAACAUUGUGGAACUCUACGAGAACAUGGGAAUGGGAUCUCUCGACGCCUACAAUGCUGAUUUGGAGGAACCCUUGUUGAAUUCCACUCGGGAGUAUUACGCCAAGAAACGAGAAGACUGGAUCAAUGACUCGACUCCAGAUUAUUUGAUCAAGGCGGAGGAAGCUCUGGAGGCAGAACGUAGCCGCGUCGCCGACUAUUUGAACUCGUCUUCUGAGAGCAAGAUCCUCAAGGUCGUCGAAGAGGAAAUCUUAGAAAAGGUCGAAACCAUCCUCUUGGAAAAGGAAACUUCUGGAUGCCGCGCCCUUCUCCAGAAUGACAAGAGCGAAGAUCUCCAGCGCAUGUUCCGUCUCUUUUCCCGUUUGGAGAACGGCCUCGUCCCCAUUGCCACCAUCCUCCAAAAUUUCGUCAGCAGCAUGGGAGACGACAUCAUCAACCGCCGCAAGGCUCGUCUGGAAUCCGAGAAGGACCGCAAUGACGAUCCCAAGUUUGUGAAAUCCUUGAUUGAACUACACGAGAAGUACCUCGGUGUCGUCAAGAAGGACUUUUCCGGGCACUCGUUGUUCCAAAAGGCACUCAAGGAUGCGUUUGUCGAAAUUGUCAACAAAAACGUCGGACAGUACACCAACGCCGAGCUCAUGUCCACCUUUUGCGAUCGUAUCCUUAAGAGUGGCGGUGAAAAGUUGAGCGAGGGAGAAGUGGAGGAAUCUUUGGAUCGAAUUGUCCAGCUGUUCAGCUACUUGACGGACAAGGAUCUCUUUGCAGAAAUCUACCGCAACCAACUGGCCAAGCGCCUUCUCAACCAGCGUUCCACGAGCGACGACGCGGAGAAGCUGAUGAUUGCCAAGCUCAAAAUGCAAUGCGGUACCCAAUUCACUUCGAAGAUGGAGGGUAUGUUGGCCGACUUGGCUGUUGGUAGCGAGCAGCGAACAGAAUUCGAGCAACGAAUGCGCCAAGUCGACACCAAGCUGGACUUUAGCGUGCAAGUGCUCACGACCGGAUUCUGGCCCACCUACAAGUCGCCGGAGGUCAGUUUGACGCCAGAAAUGUCCAAGUGCAUGGAUGUCUUCAAGGAGUGGCACGACAAGAAGCACCAAAAGCGCAAGCUGACUUGGAUGUUUUCGCAAGGGAAUGCGACAGUCCGUGGGGUCUUUGGAAAGAAGUCGUACGACAUGCAAGUGUCGACGCUGCAGGCCAUUGCCCUGGACGCCAUGAAUGGAGGGGAGACUCUGACAUUUGAAGAACUGGCCAAGCGUCUGAAUUUGGAGGAGUCGAUUUUGAAGCCUUUGAUGCACUCCUUGUCUUGCGGAAAGUACAAGGUCAUUGCCAAGACACCGGCCAGCAACAAGAUCAACACCACUGACAAGUUCACCGCCAACGCCAAGUUCUCGUCCAACAUGCGCAAGAUCCGCAUUCCCAUGGCGUCGCUUGACUCGACACUCAACACCAAGCGCGUCGAGGAGGACCGUACCAUUGCCAUCGAGGCCGCGAUCGUACGAAUCAUGAAGGCGCGCAAGACCCUGCAACACCAACAGUUGUUGUCGGAGGUGUUGAACCAGCUGGCCUUCUUCAAUCCAAAUCCUCGGGUUGUCAAGAAGCGCAUCGAGGCCUUGAUCGAUCGCGAGUACUUGGAGCGAAGCGCCGACAACAACCACGUGUACAACUACCUUGCUUGA